AUGGACUCGAAGGAAGGCCACAACGUUUCUGGCUCGGCCAAAGCCGCAAUAGAACUUGCGACCAUGGAUGCCAGCGCCAGUGCCGGAGAGACAAACGCCACCUUCAUAAUGACCCCAGCCGAGGAGCGAAAGCUGGUUCGAAAGAUUGACUUGCACUUGAUGCCCUUGAUGUUCGUUCUCUAUCUGCUCCAGUAUCUGGACAAAACGUCACUUGGCUAUACUGCAAUUAUGGGCAUAAUACAGGAUGCAGCAAGUCAACCUAUAUCCAUCUCAAGCCUCAACGGUACUCAAUACUCCUGGGUCUCUAGCUUCUUCUACGUGGGAUUUCUCGCAGCCAGUCCUCUAUCUUCAAUCCUCUUGGUCAGAUUCUCAGUAGUUAAAGUCGUCGUCAUUACGGUUCUCAUCUGGGCAGGUAUCCAAAUGGUUAUGGCCGCUGGUAAGAGCUUUGCCAGCCUUGCUGUCUUACGUAUCUUACUCGGGGCUUUUGAGGCCGCUAUCAGCCCAGGCUUUACCAUAAUUACGUCCACUUGGUACAAACCCUCCGAACAUGCUUUGCGUCACGGUCUGUGGUACGGCGGAGCCAGUGUAGCGUAUAUAGUCGGUGGUGUUAUUGCGUAUGGAAUCUCUCAUAUCAACAGUGCGAUUAAAGCCUGGCAGUUUCUUUUUAUUAUUUUCGGAGCAGCAACCUUUAUUUGGGGCUUAGUUGUCUCGUGGCUUCUGCCUAUUAAUCCCCAAAGUGCUUGGUUCCUGAAUGAACACGAGAGGAAACUUGCUUUUGAAAGAGUCCAGGGAGCAAGGCAUUCAGUCGAAACAGGAGAGUGGAACCAUACACAGAUGAGAGAAGCCUUCAUGGACCCUAGGUCUUGGUUGUUUUUUCUCAUCUGUGUGUUCUCAACUAUUCCAGGUGGUGGUAUGACUGCAUUCGGCAGUAUUAUAAUCAAGGAUUUUGGUUACAGCGUGCUCCAAACUCAACUUCUUUCUAUGUCGGUAGGUGCGUUUCUUCUGUUCUUUGUCAUCAUGACUGUGGCCAUUUCCAUGACUCUGAAGAAUUCGCGAUGCCUAUCCAUCGCUCUUCUCAAUUUCAUAUCUUUGGCCGGGGUUUUGAUGGUAAAGCUUCUUCCCGAGUCCAACAAGACAGGCCGCCUUGGAGGGCUCUGGCUAGUUUGCGCACACGCUAGCGCUUUCCCAACAAUUCUUAGUUUGGUUUCCAGUAACAUCACGGGGCAUACAAAGAAAGCUACCGUCAAUGGGAUGUUAUUUAUUGGGUUUUGUACUGGAUAUAUUAUUGGGCCACUCACGUUUAUCGCGCAAGAAGCCCCUGCUUAUAAGACGGCAUUUAAUAUUAUGGUUGCUUGCUUUGUUCUCAAUAUUGCUAUUAUCAUCUCUAUGAGACAGAUAAUGGCAAAAUGGAAUAACCAAAGGAAUCAGGAGUAUGGACCUAAGCCUGUUUCAAAUGGACUCAUACUUGAACACGGGAGGCAAGUCGAUCUUGACGAGACCGAUUGGGAGAACAAAGAUAUUCGUUACUGUUUGUGA